UAAACGUUUGCGAUUUUAUCACGACGCAGUGUCUCGUGUUUCUUCUUAAUCAUAAAUGUAAUGAAUUGAACAAAGUGAUCAAACAUACUAAUUAAAUUCUACCAAAUAAGACCGUAUUCUAGUCCUCUAGCGUAUAAUCGUGUAGUGAUGGUGUGAAUAGCAUUUUUUGCAAGAAGUGACGGCGCCAGAAUGUCUGACGAGCCUGAAACUAGGAUGUGGGACGAGGGCAGCUCCAGAUACGACCCGGGAGACCAUGGAGUGUAUUUCGAAUCGGCCUUUGCUUCUUCUGAGCACUUGGACAGAGCGCCUUUGCUCUCUGAGGAGACAUACACAGAUAUCCCGGUGGGGCGGAGCCCUACUGCCACCCACUGCCAUUGGACCUCGCACUCGGAGCCACGGAGCGCCGUUCGACAACUACUACUAGCUCUUGUACUAUGUGGACUGUUCAUGAUAGCAGAAGUGAUCGGCGGCUUCCUAGCGGGCAGCCUCUCCGUAAUGUGCGACGCGGCCCACAUGCUGAGCGACUGCGGGGGCUUCGCUCUCGCUCUGCUCGCCUUCCACUGCGCUAAGCGGCAACCGGACUUAACCAUGUCUUAUGGCUAUAAGCGAGCCGAGGUCCUCGGCGCAAUGGUGUCCGUCCUCCUAAUCUGGAUCCUAACCGGCAUUUUCGUGUAUGUGGCCGCCAUCCGAAUACAUUCGCGCGACUUCGAUAUCGAGCCGGACGCCAUGAUGGUCGUGUCUGGCUGUGGGGUCAUCUUUAAUAUCAUACUCGCUGUUGUGCUUCAUGGAUGCUCCGGUAUUGCGCACCACCACACGCACGGCGGCGCGGCCUGCACACACGGGCACACGCACGCACACACGCCGCGCUCACGUUUCGGCGUGUUUCGUCGCAACAAGCAGAAUGGCGCCAUAGUCAAUGGAGACUACUCCGUUAAUGGGGAUUAUUCUAUGAAGGAGUUAGGAGAGACGCGGGUGGAAGGAGGCGGCGACAGGAACAUAAAUUUGCGAGCAGCCCUCAUCCACGUGCUCGGCGACUUGAUCCAGAGUUGCGGAGUCCUCUUAGCUUCGGUGCUCAUCAAGUUUUAUCCAGAAGCGAAGAUAGUGGACCCGAUCUGCACGUUCGUGUUCUCAGUCCUCGUGCUGCUGACGUCGGCGCGCGUCGUGCGCGACGCACUAGCGAUGCUCAUGCAGGCUGUACCCAGGGACUUCCGCUACCGCGAGUUCGUGCAGGCCCUGUCGGGCGUCAGCGGCGUGCGGCAUGUGCACUCGGUGCACGCGUGGGCGCUCUCCACGCACCAUGUCGUCGUGUCGGCACACGUCGCUAUAGACGAACUGACUGACUCCGAAGCGGUGCUGCACGCGUGUCAACAAAUGGCCCAGGAGUACAACGCCAGGGCCGGGACGUUCCAGGUGGAGCGUUACUCGAGCGCGAUGCCGGUGUGCGGCGACUGCAGGCAGCCCGGACACGUGCCAUGACAUCUAACUACGCUCACACACUAGCCGAGUCAGGAAUCAACGGACAGCUCAAGUACUGAAACACCUGAAGUAUAAAAACAGCAACAUAGGAUAAGUAUUUAAAUUUAGUUAAAUUUUGCCAAUAGUAUGGACAAUUAGCAAAUUCGCAAAAAUGGCGCUGGCGUCGCAUAAUAUUUAUAUUUAAUUGACAUGAAAAUUACAUAAACGAGAAGAAAGUGUUAUAAUAAUUACGUAGCUAUAAGUAUUGUUAUGAUUUGAGUUAUUUUUGUAUGUUAAAGUGUUUCAUAGGAUGUUUAAAUUAGUUAUCAAAUUUGCUGGUAGAUGGCGUUAUGAUGCAAGAUAGAUCGCGCUGUUAAGAUUUUUCCUGAGUUGAUGGGGUCGCCGCCAUACUGAUUUAUCGUUACUCUGGUUUCCCUUCAAAACGUAUAAAUCUUUCGCCUUUUACUAAAGAUUUCCGUGGAGGGGAACACUCAAAUGAGUCUUACCUUAUUUUUUGAUGCCUUGCUUUUAGCAGGGCUUGUAAACUUGAAAGUUCGACCGGUGUAUAGUCGGGAAACUAUUAGCUUAGCAGUCCUGCAGAUAAAAAUAAAAAUGUAUGCAGGGAUGUCAGGCUAAUAGCUUUGCUGACUGUACGUACUGGCUGCGUAGCCAACAUGCCAAUAGUUAACGCUCCGUAGCGAACGAAAAGCAACUGUCACUGUCACACUAAUAUGAAAGAGUAAUAAGAGAUGACUACGCUACGCCACGGAGCGUUAACGAUUGACACGUUGGCUAAGCACCAUGAACUCGUGUGAACCGUCACUUGUUGUCACACUUCGCGCACGUGCACGAAUAGGGAAUAUUGCGCAAAACUGCGUAGAGAGCGCCACUAGCACAUACCGAGGGCCUACUAAAAAUCACAAUUUCGUUAUCCGCCCCUUUUGCAUAUUGUGAUAUAGUGAAAAGUUAUCAAAAAAACUGUUUAACGGCAGUAUGUAUAAGUUACCCUAUAGUUUAGGAUUUGUGCUAGUGCUGCACUCUGGCGGCAGAUUAUUGCAGUAAUACCCCCUACUUACAAUAUUAUUAAGGCUGAGAAAGCGGGAUGGGACUCUUCUUAUUUCGUGUGCGAAUUAUUAGUGUCUAAUCUUGAAAUAGUGAAUCAAUACAUAAAUCCUCUCACACAUUUUUUGAAGUAAAACUUCUUUAGGCGCGACUAGAGGGUAACUCAGAUUUUUUUUCUGACGGAAGUAACGCUCAGUAGUGACACACGCACAAUAGGUCAAAGUGCCAACAUAGCGAUAAACGUCAAAGAAGUUUUACUUCAAUCGCGCGUAAAGAUUACACGCACACACUAUUUUUAUUUUAUCCUUGAAAUUAGGUCUAUUAACAUUUUAACAUCACAAUUACUUAAGCAUAAUAAUUUGAUCUCAAAUUAGUAACUAAUCUAUCACAGAUGGCGGUGGCUCUAAUCCUAGUUUCCUA